GCACUCACUCUUCCCUUCACUCCAACAGCUAAGAAACACAGACGAUCAUGCAGAAAUUCAAGCUAUCUCUACGAGUUUCCUCCGCCUUACGAACUGCACAUCCUCGAACGACCCCUCUUCGCAGCUACUCGACUGAAGCUCGGUUAACCACGGACCAUGUCCGUAUCGUCGAAGUUGGUCCACGAGAUGGACUCCAGAAUGAGAAGAAGUCCAUAUCUUUGGAGACAAAGCUUGAAUUGAUUAGGAGACUUGCAAAUACAGGCGUUACUACGAUCGAAGCUGGAUCUUUUGUACCUGCCAAAUGGGUGCCGCAGAUGGCAAGCACGUCCGAAAUUCUCCAACAUCUGCUUAGAACACCACCUCCAUCCCAAAACCAAAUUGCCUACAACUACCUCGUCCCCAACAUCAAAGGCCUAGAGAAUCUCGUCACGAUCCUGGAAUCCGAAGGCGCAACAGCCGGAUCCAAGGAUGACGCAAAAGCAAGCACCACCACCGAAAUCUCUCUAUUUGCUGCAGCAACAGAAUCCUUCUCUAAAGCGAAUACAAACUGCACAAUUGCCGAGUCGAUCGAAAGGGUACGACCGAUUGUGGCAUUGGCCAAGGAAAAGGAUAUCAGAGUACGUGGGUAUGUGUCUGUUGCUUUGGGUUGUCCGUACGAAGGACCGGAUGUUUCUCCGGGCAAAGUAGCCGAAAUAACUGCAACAUUACUCGAAAUGGGAGCCGAUGAAGUCUCGGUAGCUGAUACAACUGGAAUGGGUACUGCGCCGCGCACAUUGGAGCUUUUGCAUGCUCUUUCAGCUGCCGGUAUUGCAAACAGUGAUCUUGCGCUUCAUUUCCACGAUACCUAUGGCCAAGCACUUGUAAAUACUAUUGUUGGAUUGGAACACGGGAUCAGAAUCUUCGAUAGUAGUGUCGGUGGUCUGGGCGGUUGUCCUUAUUCCAAGGGUGCGACGGGUAAUGUCUCAACGGAAGAUUUGGUGCAUACCUUGCAUGGGCUAGGAAUGCAUACGGGUAUAGAUUUGGAGGAGAUGUCGCGAAUCGGGGCGUGGAUUAGUGAGCAGCUUGGACGUGCGAAUGAUAGUCGAGCUGGGAAGGCGACUCUCGCACGUAUCGCGGGAGAGAAGACGUGUCCUUGAUUGUCGAAAAGAAGAGAUAUUUUCAUAUGUAGUAUUUAUAGGCGAGGCUAGCUGUCAAAAUAAUGUACAUAAACGAGUUUCAAGCAACACUGAAGAUUUCCCGCUGUCAAGAUCAAAAAUCCGUCACCCGACCAUUAUAACUCCAAUCCCCUUCAUGACCCCAUCUCAAAGGCUCAUUCUUCGGUCCUCCAACUUCCCCAGUCUUGGGAUUUAUAUCACCUUCAAACUCAGGCUUCACAGUCUGCCUAAGAUGCGGAAACAACUCUUCAUCUGUUUGUGUACUUGAAUCGUCUUGCGCUUGAGGAGUCGUAGUGGCGACGGAAUCCGGCGAUUGAUUCACCUUCGGAGGUGUGCGUACUGGAGUACUAAAAGCGCCCGUUGAUUCUCGUUGAAGUCUUUCGAAGAUUUCUUGCUCUUCCUUGGGGAGUCGUGGUGGUGCUGGACCACUGGCGAAGGGAGACUUGUCGUCGGCUACUCGGCGGUUAUAUGAGGAUGUGAGAGAGCGGCGGAACGAGAGGAAAGCUCGUCGGUGGAUGGGCGCUAUCCUCCGAGAAAUAAUUGUGAUUGAGGUUCUCAUAUUGAUUGAAUAUUCAAGUGUUUGUAAGUAGAAUAGUGCUGUUGGCAUAAACUCGUGGGU